UUCUGUCUAUAUAAGGAUGUCUGAUCUGCUAGGUCUUUUCUUAUCCGAAUUCAUCAUUAAUUUCACCUCCAUCUCAAGUUAAUUAAAUCUUGCUAGCUAGCUAGCUCUCAAACAACAAGCAGGCAGUAGCAGUAGCAGUAGCAGUAGGCGCAGCAGCAGCUCGAUCUAUAUAUAGUCGAUUAAGAUCAGAAUCAUCAUGAUCAUGGAAAGCAGCAGCUUAGCAUAUGUGCUCACGAAGGUUGCCAUGUUUGUUCUUGUCCAAUCUCUGGUUUAUCUCAUCCUCUCCAAAUCAUCGAGCAUCUUCUCCAGAAACAACGACAGAAAAUCACGUAGUUUUAGACAAGUUCGCUCCCUAAGUAUUAACCGGAUACUUGCUGCUCUUGGCGACAUGCCGGCCGAGCUGUCUCCUAUUUCAAGAAGCCCCUGCCAGUCUCCAAUCCAAGAAAAUUCAAAGCGGCAUCAUCACACAUCUUAGGACUAUUAAUUCUUGUUUAAUUUACUGGUUAAUUGUUUGUUUUGGUUUUGGUUUUUCAUAGAUCGAUGGCACAAAGGACGUUGCUGCGAAUGUGUAAUGAUCUAUAAACUGAUCAUAAAUGCCAAGUCCAUCAUGAUCUUUACCUUGAAUGGUUAAUUUCAAUUUUCAGA